GCCUGGAAAUGAGGUUUAAAAUGCUGUGGAGGUUUAAAGACAGACUUGUGUGCUACUUUUAUCCCUUCCAGAUUGCUGACCCUGAGACCUGUGACCGAAUGUACGAGAGCUUAGUCAGAAUCCACACCAACUACUACAAAACCAAGUAUCCGCGCCUGAGAGACACAAGCUUCACUGGGGUGACAGUGGAAGAUUGCAAGAUGAUACUAGCAACAG